AUGUUUCCCUGGGCCCUCCGCUACCUCUCAGGGCCCCACCAGAAGAUAUUUCAGUACCAUGAGGCUGUGAGGGGCUUCAUCCGCCAUGAAAUCAUCAGGCACAAGCUCAGGGCAUCUGAGGCCCCCAAGGAUUUCAUCAACUGCUACCUGUCACAAAUCACCAAGGCCAUGGCUGACCCUGUCUCCACAUUCAACGAGGAGAACCUGAUCCAAGUGGUGAUUGACCUGUUUCUAGGCGGUACGGACACCACAGCUACCACACUGCACUGGGCACUCAUACUCCUGGUCCAUCACAGAGCCGUCCAGGAGAGAGUGCAGCAGGAGCUGGACGAGGUGCUGGGCACUUCGCAAGCCAUCUGCUAUGAGGAUCGAGAACGGCUGCCCUACACCCGAGCUGUCCUGCACGAGGUGCAGCGUCUUAGCAGCGUUGUGGCUGUGGGUGCUGUGCGUCAGUGUGUGACUUCUACCUGGAUGCACGGUUACUACGUGCCCAAGGGAACCAUCAUCUUGCCCAAUCUGGCCUCUGUGCUGUAUGACCCCGAGUGCUGGGAGACCCCUCACCAGUUCAACCCUGGCCACUUCCUAGACAAGGAUGGAAACUUUGUGGCCAAUGAGGCCUUCCUGCCCUUCUCUGCGGGGCAUCGGGUGUGUCCUGGGGAACAGCUGGCCCGAAUGGAGCUCUUCCUGAUGUUUGCUACCCUCCUCAGGACCUUUCGGUUUCAAUUACCAGAAGGGAGCCAGGGCCUCAGGCUGGAAUAUGUCUUUGGGGGGACACUGCAGCCUCAACCCCAGAAGAUUUGUGCAGUGUUUCGCCUGAGCAGCCUUAGCCCUAGAGAGGAAGGCCUGUAG